GAGUUGUUACCGGACAACAGUAGGUAGGUAACGAAAAAUAAAACGAAUAACCGUAUUGGGAAUUCCGUAGGUAGAGAGAGCGACAAGUUUAUAAUAGAAUGCAGGUAUACAGAGUACGUGAAAUUGUUGUAAAAGUUUCAGUUGUCGUUAAGCUACCGAGUCGAAAUACAAGCACACCAAAGCAUAAACGUGAAAUAUGUUAACAGUGUUUGAAAGAAACGGUUCGUGAUGGUGACGACAUGGACGGCGUCCGUCUCGGUUUCGGCUAAUCGAUAUUCUCAGCAUCCUCCACCUUGAUCAGUGAAAACUUGCUGAAGGGCAGUGACUUAUCAAUGAAUUGUAGAAAUCAUGUACAAUAUUUUACUUCAAAAUACGGCACCUUGAAAUGUGGUCUAUGGAUGACUACUGAUCAUGUUUGAAAAAAGACCAUGGUCGAAAUUGUUGGUGCUUCUACUGUGCUUACUAACAUGUAUUUUUAUAUGGCACGAAUUGGUAAGCUACCCAACAGGUAUCGCCCCAACCACGCCUACAGCCUACACCCUCUUCACGCAGGAUGACACAGGAUUCGCCGACAGAGUUUUACACUUACCUGAAAACGAUUACAGUCAACUAAUAGAUUUAAAUUUCAAUUUUACCAUGAUUAACUUCAUCUGCAACGAAACCAUCCCUUUGUUAUUAAUAUUGGUUCAUUCCUCACCUAAUAAUUUUGCCAAAAGGAAAACUAUAAGAGAGACUUGGGGAAGGAACGACGAUAACGUCAAGGUGGUAUUUAUGGUAGGCAGCGUUAACUCGACUCAAUUGCAGAAACGCUUGGAAAUAGAAAAUCAGUUGCACAAAGAUUUCGCUCAGGGUAGUUUUAUAGAUACGUACAGAAAUCUGACGUACAAACACGUGAUGUCAUUGAAAUAUUUCAUAUAUCAUUGCCCGCAGGCCAAAUAUGUACUUAAGACUGACGAUGACGUAUUUGUAAACAUGCCAACUAUGAAAAAUUUUUUGAGAUACGAUCUAUCUCCUCAUGGUGCUAGCAACGGUUUGUUUUGUACGCCUAGAUACAACAGUUUAGUUUUAAGAUCGUACAGGUCGAAAUGGAGGGUGUCGUUUGCGGAAUAUCCGGAUAGAGUAUAUCCGACUUAUUGCCCGGGGUGGACUAUCUUGUAUACCCCAGACGUUGUGUUUGGGUUGUACAAGGAAGCUCAAAAAACCGAGUAUUUUUGGAUCGACGACAUACACCUCACGGGUACACUUACUCAGAAACUUAAUUUUACUCAUACUGAUAUUGAACCUUUAAUUUUAUCCAAGAAUAUCCUCAAUAGAAUCGUUUAUUAUUCUUAUAAUUAUUCUCAACCUUUUAUAUACGGAAGGGAAGAUUUAAUAGAAAAACAAAUUAGGGGAUUAUGGAAUUAUGUUACAACGCGCGAAGCGCCUAAAUAUAUAUUUAGAGAUAUUAUAACAAGAACUAAAUAA